AUGGUAGCGGUCUUGCAUCUGCUUCGAAGAUAUCUGGGCGAAUAUGUCCAUGGGCUGUCGGUGGAGGCUUUGAGAAUAAGUGUCUGGAAAGGCGAUGUUGUCCUUAAAGAUUUGAAUUUGAAGGCUGAGGCACUAAAUUUGCUAAAACUUCCAAUCACUGCCAAAGCUGGUUUUGUUGGUACUAUUACAUUAAAGGUCCCCUGGAAAAGUUUAGGAAAAGAACCAGUGCUUGUUCUCAUCGACCGUGUCUUCAUUCUUGCUCAGCCUGCUCCUGAUGGUCGGACUCUCAAGGAGGAGGACCGGAGAAAACUUUUUGAAAUUAAACUUCAACAGAUUGAGGAAGCAGAAUCUGCAACUCUUGAAGCAACUAGGUCAAAGCUUGGAAGUCCUCCUCCAGGAAAUUCAUGGCUGGGUUCUCUGAUUGGCACUAUUAUUGGAAAUCUUAAGAUUUCAAUCAGUAAUGUACAUAUCAGAUACGAGGAUUCAGUCAGUAAUCCGGGGCAUCCAUUUUCUUGUGGUGUUACCCUAGCUAAGCUGGCAGCUGUCACAACAGAUGAGCAGGGCAAUGAAACAUUUGAUACUAGUGGUGCUUUGGAUCGGUUGCGGAAGGGCGUUGGUAAUCUUGUGAAUUCUCUUCUUUCCCUUCAAGUAACCAAACAAGGGAAAGACGGGAAAAUCCAGCUCCUUCCCCUUAAAUCAAGUGUACUAUUAGUUGAGUUUAGUUGUAUGUCAUUGCAGCUUGAGAGGCUCGCUGUGUAUCAUGAUUCUGAUAACCUCCCUUGGAAGAUACACAAAAAGUGGGAAGAUUUAAGUCCUGAGGAAUGGAUUGAGAUAUUUGAAGAUGGCAUAAAUGAACCCUCUACUGAUCGCGGAAUGGUGUCUAAAUGGGCUACGAAUCGUAACUACUUGGUGUCACCAAUUAAUGCAGCCCUUAAAUAUCAUCGUCUUGGAAAACAAGAAAGAGGUGAUCCAGAGAUUCCAUUUGAGAAGGCUUCUCUUGUCCUAAGUGAUGUCUCAUUAACAAUUACAGAGUCAUCAAAUGUUAGCACCUCAGAACUUAGAGAAAUGGAGAUUGAUCUUGAUUCUAAAGUUAUUCUUCUGUGGAGGUUACUUGCACAUGCCAAGGCUGAAUCAGUAAAAACAAAGGAAGCUGCUGAACAGAAGAGGCUAAAAAAGAAAAGCUGGUUUUCAUUUGGAUGGCGCACGGAUUCUGAAGAUGUCUUCGAUGGGGAUGCUUCUGAGGCAUCCCAGUUGACAAAAGAAAAGCUGACUCAAGAAGAAUGGCAUGCAAUUAAUAACUUGCUCAGUUACCAGUCUGAUGAAGAGUUAAUGCCGCAUUUGGGAAAGGAUAUGCUGAAUAUGAUUCAGUUUUUAGUGACGGUAUCUGUUAAGCAGGCUGCUGCUAGGAUAAUUGACAUAAAUCAGACUGAGAUUGUCUGUGGUAGAUUUGAGCAGCUUCAAGUUUCAACGAAAUUCAAAAAUCGCAGUACCCACUGUGAUGUGUCCUUAAAAUUUUAUGGUUUAUCUUCACCUGAAGGAUCUCUUGCACAGAGUGUAUCUAGUGAACAGAAGGUGAAUGCAUUAUCUGCCAGUUUUGUACAUUCUCCAGUUGGGGAGAAUGUUGACUGGAAAUUGUCAGCCACAAUUUCACCUUGCCAUGUUACGGUUUUAAUGGAAAGUUUUGAUCACUUUUUUGAGUUUGUGAGGAGAAGCAAUGCAGUUAGCCCUACUGUUGCAUUAGAAACUGCAAAUGUUUUGCAGAUGAAGCUUGAGAAAGUGACUCGAAGAGCACAAGAACAAUUUCAAAUGGUAUUAGAGGAACAAAGCAGGGUGAAAAAUGUUGAAGAGUCAGCAGAUGUGUGUAGAACAGUUGUAAGCAGUAGAAGUGGAUACAUUAGUUUAUAUACAUUGGUGACAAGAUUUGCCCUUGAUAUUGAUCUGGAUGCUCCAAAAGUCACAGUUCCUAUGAGGGCAGAAAGAAAGUCUGAUGAAAAGAGGCAGAGUAUAUAUUCUCGUUUCUACAUAUCUGGCAGAGAUAUUGCUGCUUUCUUUAUGGAUUGUGAUUCUUACUGCCAUAACUCCACAGUGGUUAUGCCAAAUCAUAAUAGCCAGUCAUCGACAUCUCAGAUACCAGAAAAAGUUGACAAUUACUAUUCUCUAAUUGAUAGGUGUGGAAUGGCUGUAAUUGUUGACCAGAUCAAAGUACACCACCCAAGUUAUCCUUCGACACGGAUUUCUGUUCAAGUACCGAAUCUUGGCAUACACUUUUCACCAGCAAGAUAUUCUAGACUUCUGGAAUUGGUGAACAUAUUGUACAACACAGUUGACAACUAUGGUCAGUCGACAGUUGAUAAUUUUCAAACCCAGAUAUCUCCUUGGAGUUCUGCAGAUCUUGCUACGGAUGCUAGAAUCCUUGUUUGGAGGGGAAUUGGCAAUUCGGUGGCUCAUUGGCAACCUUGUUUUCUUGUGUUAUCUAGACUAUAUCUUUAUGUUAUGGAAUCGCAAAAGUCCCAAAGCUACCAGCGUUACAUGAGCAUGGCUGGUCGACAGAUAAAUGAGGUUCCUCCGUCAAGUGUUGGUGGUUCACAAUUCUGUGUUGCUGUGAGUUUCAGGGGAAUGGACAUUCAGCAAGCACUGGAAUCUUCUAGUACCUGGGUUUUAGAGUUUCGGGAUGACGAGGAGAAAGCCUGUUGGUUGAAGGGGCUUAUACAGGCUACCUAUCAAGCUUCUGCUCCUCCAUCGCUGGAUGUACUUGGAGGAACAAGUGAUAUUGCAUCUGAGUUUGGAGAACCUGAAACACCAACUUUGAGAACAGCUGACCUUGUCAUCAAUGGGGCACUGGUGGAGGCCAAGUUAUUAAUAUAUGGAAAGACUGGAGAUGAAGUUGAUGGGAAGCAUGGUGAGACUCUUAUCAUUGAGGUUCUUGCUGGUGGGGGAAAGGUGCACAUGAUUCGUGCAGAGAGUGACCUUACAGUAAAGAUGAAGCUGCACUCCUUGAAAAUUAAAGAUGAGCUUGAGAGCCGUCUCUUUGCUAACCCAAGAUAUUUAGCCUGCUCAGUGCUGAAGAAUGAUAAGCUUCUUGCAUCCUCUCAAGGGAUGGGGAUGCCUAUAGCACCUCAUGAUGAGGAAGAUGCUUUCAAGGAUGCUUUGCCUGAUUUUUUGUUUCUAGCAGAUGGUGGCAUUUAUUCACCAAAAAUGGACGUGUCUCAUUCUGGAAUUAUGGGAGAUGCUAGUGACUCAACAGAAUUCGAGUCUCCUGAAUCCUUUAUUCUCGAGCAAGGUCUGUUACAAGGAAAAAACAUUUCUGAUGAUAUAUUUUAUGAGGCACAGGACAGUGACAGUUUUGAUUUUGUAUCUGUUAUUUUUUCAACGAGGAGUUCUUCCUCACCUGAUUAUGAUGGUAUAGAUACACAGAUGAGCAUUCGUAUGUCCAAACUAGAGUUCUUCUGCAACAGACCUGCUCUUGUUGCUCUAAUUGGUUUCGGUUUUGACAUAAGUAACGUGAAUUCUUCUGAGAGUGGCACUGACAUGACUGAAAUCUCAGAUGAUAAGUCUUCCUUGAAAGAAAUGACUGAAGACACAGGGCGUGUUAAAGGGCUGCUGGGUGUCACUGUGUUUCUCAACAAGGAGGAUGAUUCUCAGCUCGCUAUGCUUGUGCAGGAAAGUUUCCUGCUGGAUCUGAGGGUCCAUCCUAGUUCUCUUUCUAUUGAAGGCACAUUAGGAAAUUUCAGGCUCUGUGAUAUGUCACCAGAAACUAAUCACUGUUGGAGUUGGGUUUGUGAUAUUCGUAAUCCAGGGCUUGAGUCCCUUAUCAAGUUCAAUUUUAGUUCCUAUAGUGCUGAAGAUGAUGAUUAUGAAGGAUAUGAUUACAAGUUGAGUGGCCGACUCUCUGCUGUACGCAUUAUUUUCCUCUAUAGGUUUGUCCAGGAGAUAACUGCAUACUUUAUGGAACUUGCUACCCCAAACACUGAAGAAGCAAUAAAGCUUGUUGAUAAAGUAGGAGGCUUUGAGUGGUUAAUUCAGAAGUAUGAGAUUGAUGGCGCCACUGCAUUAAAGUUGGAUCUCUCUCUUGACACUCCUAUUAUCAUUGUUCCCAGGAAUUCCACCAGCAAAGAUUUCAUUCAACUUGAUCUCGGCCAGUUACAGGUAACAAAUGAAUUUAGUUGGCAUGGAUUCCCAGAGAAAGAUCCUUCAGCUGUCCACAUGGAUGUUCUUCAUGCUGAGGGAAUCAACAUGUCUGUAGGAGUUGACGCUUGUUUAGGUAAGCCUAUGAUACAAGAAGGCCAAGGACUGGAUAUCUACGUGCGCCGUAGUUUGCGGGAUGUUUUUAGAAAAGUCCCAACAUUAUCUCUUGAAGUUAAGGUGGAUUUCCUUUGUGGAGUCAUGUCUGAUAAAGAAUACAGCAUAAUUGUCGAUUGUACAUACAUGAAUUUACUUGAAGAGCCAAGGCUUCCUCCAAGUUUUCGUGGCUGCAAAUCUGACUCUAAAGAUGCAAUGCGGUUGCUGGCAGAUAAGGUCAAUGCUAAUAGUGGAAUCCUCCUCUCACAAACUGUUACCAUAGUGGCAGUUGAAGUUAAUUAUGCACUGCUGGAGUUGUGUAAUGGUGUUCACGAGUCACCUUUAGCACAUCUUGAGCUAGAAGGUCUUUGGGUAUCAUACAGGACGACUUCAUUGUCUGAAACAGAUCUUUAUGUAACUAUUCCAAAAUUUUCUAUCUUGGACAUUCGGCCUGGUACAAAACCUGAAAUGCGCCUGAUGCUUGGAUCAUCAACUGAUGCUUCCAAACUAGUUUCUGGUGGAAACAUCCCAUACUCUGUGAAUAGGAGCGGGUUUAGGAAAAUGAACUCUGAAUCUGGCCUUGAGGUUGAUGCACCAAAUUCAACAAUGUUCCUAAUGGACUAUAGACGGAGACCUUCCUCCCAAUCAUUUGUGGUUCGCAUCCAGCAGCCACGUGUCCUUGUUGUACCAGACUUCCUUCUAGCUGUGGGUGAGUAUUUUGUGCCAGCAUUGGGAACCAUAACUGGAAGGGAGGAAUCAAUGGAUCCUAAGAAGGAUCCUAUUACUAGAAGCAAUAGCAUAGUGCUUUCUGAAUCUGUUUACAAACAGAGUGAGGAUGUGGUUCACUUAUCUCCAAUGAGACAGCUAGUAGCAGAUGCCAAGGCAGUUGAUGAAUAUGUAUAUGAUGGUUGUGGAAAGAUUAUCUGUUUAAGUGAAGAAACAAAUACAAAGGAAUUCCAUUCAGGGAGGUCUCGACCGAUCAUAAUUCUUGGACGUGGUAAGAGGCUGCGGUUUGUCAAUGUUAAAAUUGAGAAUGGUUCCCUUUUGAGGAAGUAUGCAUACUUGAGUAAUGAUAGCAGCUAUUCGAUCUCUGUAGAAGAUGGUGUUGACAUUUCGUUGCUAGACAAUUUGCCAUCUGAUGAUGACAAGAGGAUUCUGGAUUACAUGCAUGAACAAUCAGAGGUCUUGAAUUCUUCCUAUUCUGAUAAUGAUUCAAAUAUGAUGCAGAGUUUCACUUUUGAAGCCCAGGUUGUUUCUCCGGAGUUCACUUUCUAUGAUGGUACAAAAUCUUCACUGGAUGAUUCUUCAUAUGGUGAAAAGCUUCUGAGAGCAAAAAUGGAUUUGAGCUUCAUGUAUGCGUCCAAAGAAAAUGAUACCUGGAUUCGAGCCCUUGUGAAGGAUCUGACAGUUGAGGCUGGUUCUGGUCUGAUGAUUCUUGAUCCAGUGGAUGUUUCAGGAGGAUAUACCUCUGUUAAAGAGAAAACGAACAUGUCUCUGAUAUCAACAGAUAUAUGUGUGCAUCUUUCAUUGAGUGCCAUUUCUCUUUUACUUAACUUGCUGAAUCAAGCUACUACAGCGUUGCAAUUUGGAAAUGCGAUUCCCCUUGCACCUUGCACCAACUUUGACCAAGUUUGGGUCUCCCCUAGAGAAAUUGACCGUUAUGACAACCUUACCUUUUGGAGGCCUCACCCUCCAUCGAAUUAUGUUAUAUUGGGAGAUUGUGUGACAUCAAGGCCAAUUCCUCCUUCACAGGCAGUCAUGGCAGUUAGUGAUGCAUACGGACGCGUGCGAAAACCUGUUGGGUUCAAUUUCAUUGCCUUAUUAUCUGGUAUUCUCGGGUUCGGAGGUGAAAGCCAUUCUGGUUUUGAUGGUGAUUGUUCUCUUUGGGUGCCUGUCGCACCUCCUGGUUAUACAGCAUUGGGCUGUGUAGCACAUGUAGGACGCCAACCGCCACCAACUCACAUUGUUUAUUGCCUACGAACUGAUCUUGUAGCAUCUACAACGUAUUCAGAAUGCAUUUUUAGUGCCCCACCUAAUCCUCAGUCUGCAUCUGGUUUUAGCAUUUGGCGUCUGGACAACGUCAUUGCAUCUUUUUAUGCUCAUUCUUCAACCGAAUACCCUCCUAGAGACAGUAGUUGUGAUCUGAAUCAUCUUCUUCUGUGGAACUCGAUCCGAAAUCAAUCUCCAUCUAAAGAAACUGCAUCAGAUUUGACUGAUGACCGAGACCAUGGGAGUCAAACAAGUAACGAUAGUGCUAAUUCGUAUGGAUGGGACAUUAUUCGAUCAAUUUCAAAAGCAACUAACUGUUAUAUGUCAACUCCUAACUUUGAGAGAAUAUGGUGGGACAAAGGUAGUGAGAUCCGUCGACCUGUCUCAAUAUGGCGACCUAUUGCACGGCCUGGUUAUGCCAUAAUAGGAGAUUGCAUAACUGAAAGCUUAGAGCCACCUGCUUUGGGCAUAAUAUUCAAGGAUGGCAAUCCUGAAAUUUCCUCGAAGCCCGUCCAGUUCACUAAAGUGGCCAAUAUUGUUGGGAAAGGUGUUGAUGAAGUCUUCUUCUGGUUUCCAAUUGCUCCUCCUGGUUAUGCUUCACUAGGGUGCGUUGUCACAAAAACAGAUGAAGCACCACGUAUAGAUUCAUUUUGCUGCCCGAGGUUGGAUCUUGUCAACCAAGCUAAUAUCAUUGAGGUGCCUGUUUCGAGAUCUUCAAGCUCAAAGGCAUCUCAGUGCUGGAGCAUUUGGAAAAUUGAAAAUCAGGCAUGCACUUUUCUUGCCCGUUCGGAUCUUAAAAAACCAUCAAGCCGGUUGGCAUUCACAAUUGCUGAUUCUGUGAAGCCAAAGUCACGGGAAAAUGUAACUGCCGAGAUCAAGCUAGGAUGCUUCUCCAUGACUGUUUUAGACAGCUUAUGUGGAAUGCUUGCAACACAUGGUCGUCUAGAGGCAAUGAAUGCUGUGCUGAUUUCCUCUAUUGCUGCUUCAACCUUCAAUGCUCAAUUAGAAGCAUGGGAGCCACUUGUGGAGCCGUUUGAUGGAAUAUUUAAGUUUGAAACAUAUGAUAACAAUGUACAUCCACCAUCAAGACUUGCAAAGAGAGUACGGGUUGCUGCAACCAGUAUCCUGAACAUAAAUGUCAGUGCAGCCAAUCUUGAAACUUUAAUAGGGACCAUUCUCUCUUGGAGAAAACAGUUAGAACUUGAUCAGAAAGCAGCCAAGCUAAAUGAGGUAGCUGGUGAUCAUCAUAAACAUGAAGAGGACCCAACUUAUUCUGCCUUGGAUGAGGAUGACUUUCAGACUGUAAUAAUUGAAAAUAAACUCGGGUGUGAUCUGUAUCUGAAACAGAUUGCGGACAGUACAGAUACAGGUGACCAACUACACAGUGAUGACUGUGCUUCUGUGUGGAUUCCACCUCCAAGAUUUUCAGACAGAUUAAAGGUUGUGGAUGAAUCUAGGGAAGCACGCAGCUACGUUGUCAUUCGGAUACUUGAAGCCAAGGGUUUGCCCAUUGUUGAUGAUGGUAACAGUCAGAAGUUCUUUUGUGCUCUGCGCCUUGUUGUUGAUAGUCAGGCAACCGAUCAGCAAAAACUUUUUCCUCAGAGUGCAAGGACAAAAUGUGUGAAGCCUUUACUUCCAAAAGCAAGUGAAAUCAGUUGUGCUACUGCAAAGUGGAAUGAACUUUUCAUAUUUGAAAUUCCUCUAAAGCAGGGAGUUGCUAAGUUAGAAGUGGAGGUGACAAAUCUUGCAGCAAAAGCUGGGAAGGAAUUGGACACUUAUGAUGCAGGUGAAGUUGUAGGUGCCCUCUCCCUACCUGUUGGACAAGGUGCAGUCACAUUGAAGAAGGUGGCUUCGGCAAGGAUGCUACAUCAACCACAUGAUUUUCAGAAUAUUGUGUCCUGUCCUUUAAGAAGAAGGGCUCCACAUGACAAUGUUGAAAACAUGCAUGAAAGUGGUUAUCUGUUAGUUUCUACUGCGUAUUUUGAGAGAAAUGUGGCAGCAAACUUUCAGAGAGAUAAAGAAACUGAGGAAUCUCAUAAUAGGGAUGUUGGUUUUUGGGUUCGGGUUAGCCCGGAAGGUGCAUGGGAGAGCAUUCGGUCAUUACUUCCUCUGUCCGUUGUACCCAAAUCAUUACAUAAUGAAUUUCUUGCCAUGGAAGUUGUCAUGAAAAAUGGCAAAAAGCACGCAAUUUUUAGGGGUCUUGCAAUCGCAGUAAAUGAUUCGGAUGUUAAAUUAGAUAUUUCUAUAUGCCAUGUGUCGUUGGUUCAUGGUCGUGAUCCUUCUCUAGGAACAAGUAAAUUAAACAUUGUGAUAGAAGAAAUCUUUGAAAAUCAGCGUUAUCACCCAAUUUCUGGUUGGGGUAACAAGUGGCCUGGUUUUCGAAGUAAUGAUCCAGGGCGAUGGAGCACCAGGGACUUCUCGUAUUCAUCGAAGGAUUUUUUUGAACCUCGCCUGCCUACUGGAUGGCAAUGGACAUCUUCAUGGAUUGUUGACAAAUCUGAACCUGUUGAUGAUGAUGGUUGGACAUAUGGGCCUGACUUCCAUACAUUGAAGUGGCCUCCGGCUUCAAAGUCAUAUAAAUCUGCUCAUAAUGUUGUGCGGCGAAGGCGUUGGAUUCGCAGGAGGCAACAAUUAAUUGGGGAACGAUCACAUAGCUUGAACAGUGAUUUUGUUUCCAUAAAUCCUGGAUCUUCAUCUGUUUUACCAUGGAGGAGCACAGCCAAGGAUUCUGAUUUGUGUUUACAAGUACGUCCUUGUGCUGAUCAUACACAGGCUGCAUAUGUAUGGGGCCGAGCAGUUGCUAUGGCUUCUGGCAACAUGUUUGAGAAGGAUCAACCUUUCAGUGAUCAAGGCUUGCUCGCAAGACAAAAUACUUUGCAGGAAAGUAAAGCGCCUGAUGUUUUUAUGCUGAAUCAGCUGGAGAAGAAGGAUGUUCUUUUCCAUUGUCGCCCAACUACUGGAAGUACAGAAUUUUGGCUCAGUGUGUGUGCUGAUGCUUCAAUCCUUCACACUGAACUAAAUGCUCCUGUUUAUGAUUGGAGAAUAUCUGUUAACUCCCCGUUGAAGUUGGAAAACCAACUUCCUUGUGCAGCGGAGUUCACAGUUUGGGAAAAUGCAAAAGAAGGGAGUUGCAUUGAGCGACAACAUGGUAUAGUCUCUUCACGCCAGAGUGUACAUGUAUAUUCAGCUGAUAUCCGUAAAGCUGUCUAUCUUACAUUGCUUCUCCAGGGUGGUUGGGUUCUUGAAAAGGAUCCUGCCCUUGUUCUGGAUCUUGGUUCCAGUGGCCACAUCUCAUCAUUCUGGAUGGUCCACCAACAAAGUAAAAGGAGACUGCGUGUGAGCAUUGAACGAGACUUGGGAGGAACCGUUUCAGCUCCCAAAACAAUUAGGUUAUUUGUGCCAUAUUGGAUCAUAAAUGAUUCAUCUCUACCGUUGGCAUAUCGAGUGGUAGAGAUUGAGCCAUUAGAGGCAGUUAAGUCUGCGAAAACUUCCUUUAAAAAUCCCACAAGCUCCAUGGAAAAGAGGCUAUUUGGCACAAAGAGAAACAUCCAAGUACUUGAAGUGAUUGAGGAUACCAGCCCAAUACCUAGCAUGCUUUCUCCUCAAGACUCUGCUGGCCAGAGAGGGAUUGUGUUAUUUCCAUCUCAAAAAGAUGCAUUUCUGUCCCCGCGAGUGGGCCUUGCAGUAGCUAUUCGUCAUUCUGAGAUCUAUGGUCCUGGGAUUUCUCUUCUUGAACUGGAAAAGAAGGAAAGGGUUGACAUCAAGGCAUUUGGUUCAGAUGGAUCUUAUUACAAGCUUUCAGCAUUAAUGAAGACCUCAGACAGAACAAAGCAAUGUGGUUCCCAGCUGGAGAAAUGGAUUCACCCUGCUGAUGCUCCAAAACCCUUUGGAUGGCACUCUUCUUCCGACAUUGAGCUGCUGAAGUUACGAGUGGAUGGAUACAAAUGGAGCUCUCCAUUUAGCAUUUGUAGUGAAGGAAUGAUGCGCAUCUCCUUGGAGAAAGAUUCAGGGGAUGAUCAGUUGCAGCUGAGGGUACAAGUAAGAAGUGACACAAAGAGGUCACGCUAUGAAGUUAUUUUCCGCCCGAACUCUUUGUCUAGUCCUUACAGGAUCGAAAAUCGUUCGUUGUUUUUACCCAUUCGCUUUCGGCAAGUGGAUGGUACCAGUGCUUCAUGGAAGCCUCUUUUUCCAAAUGCAGCUGCUUCUUUCUUAUGGGAAGACUUGGGUAGACCAAGAUUAUUGGAAAUUUUAAUUGAAGGGACAGAUUCGCCAAACUCAUUGAAAUACAAUAUUGAUGAGAUUCUUGAUCACCAACCCAAUCAUGCAGAGGGUCGUCCUGCUAGAGCAUUGCGUGUUACUGUAUUUAAGGAAGACAAAAUGAAUAUUGUCAGGAUCAGUGAUUGGAUGCCAGAAAAUGAACCUUCUUUGAUAAUUGGUAGAAGAGUCCAACCACCAUUAUCACAACUUUCUGGAAAUGACUCUCUACAACAGCAGUUGCCAUCCUCCACUGGUUGUGAAUUUCAUGUUGUUCUUGAGCUUGCUGAGCUUGGAAUAUCUGUCAUUGACCACACGCCUGAGGAAAUUUUAUAUCUCUCAGUCCAGAAUCUUCUUUUAGCAUAUUCUACUGGUUUGGGAUCUGGGUUUAGUAGGUUGAAGUUACGAAUGCAUGGAAUACAAAUGGAUAACCAGUUGCCGUUGACUCCAAUGCCAGUUCUCUUCAGGCCACAGAAAGUUGGGGAGGAUAGAGACUUUAUAUUGAAGUUUUUCAUGACAAUGCAAUCAAAUGGGUCUCUAGAUUUAUCUCUCUAUCCCUAUAUUGGUUUCACUGGACCUGAAAAUUCUGCCUUCUUAAUAAACAUUCAUGAGCUGAUCAUUUGGCGCCUUCAUGAGAUGUUCCAGCGGGUCAACCUCAGUAGGUUAUAUGAUACAAAGACAACCGCUGUGUCAGUUGAUCCAAUUAUUCAAAUUGGUGUUCUUAACAUCUCUGAAGUUCGAUUCAAAGUCUCAAUGGCUAUGUCACCUAGUCAAAGGCCAAGAGGAGUACUUGGGUUCUGUUCGUCCUUGAUGACUGCUUUGGGUAACACUGAGAAUAUGCCUGAUCUUCUUGGCCAACCUCUUCAACUGCUCUCUGGUGUUGAUAUAUUGGGCAAUGCAAGCAGUGCCCUUGGACAUAUGAGUAAAGGUGUGGCUGCCUUAUCAAUGGAUAAAAAAUUCAUCCAAAGUCGGCAGAGACAGGAAAACAAAGGUGUAGAGGACCUUGGUGAUGUCAUUAGGGAGGGAGGUGGAGCGCUAGCGAAAGGACUAUUUAGAGGAGUUACUGGCAUUCUAACAAAGCCUCUAGAAGGUGCAAAAAAUUCAGGCGUUGAGGGUUUUGUUCAGGGAGUUGGAAAAGGAAUAAUAGGUGCAGCUGCCCAGCCAGUCAGCGGGGUUUUGGAUCUUUUGUCAAAAACUACAGAAGGGGCCAAUGCUAUGAGAAUGAAGAUAGCAUCCGCCAUAACUUCAGAAGAACAACUGCUCCGCCGGAGGUUGCCUCGUGUUAUUGGUGGCGAUAAUUUGCUUCGACCUUACAAUGAGUACAAAGCCCAAGGACAGGUUAUUUUGCAGCUGGCAGAGUCAGGUUCAUUUUUCAGCCAGGUUGAUCUAUUUAAAGUGCGUGGGAAGUUUGCCUUAUCAGAUGCUUAUGAAGAUCACUUUAUGCUCCCUAAAUGCAAAAUCGUUGUGGUAACACAUCGAAGAGUCUUGCUGCUGCAACUACCAUCCAACAUUUUAGCUCAGAGGAAAUUCAGCCCGGCAAGGGAUCCGUGUUCAGUAUUGUGGUAUGUUCUAUGGGAUGACUUGUUGACCAUGGAAUUGACUCAUGGGAAGAAGGACCAACCAAAAGCUCCACCUUCACGUCUUAUUCUUUAUUCACGGAGUAAACCAACAGAGGCAAAGGAACAGGUUCGUGUGAUAAAAUGCAGCCAUGAGACAGAUCAGGCUCUGGAGGUCUACUCUUCAAUUGAGAGAGCAGUGAACACUUAUGGACGCAACCUGUCAAAGGAAAUGCUAAAAAAUAAAGUGAGAAAACCAUAUGCACCGAGUGCAGAUGUCACCAGACUUGAAGGAAUUUCAAAGGAACGGGAUUACAUCUGGUCUCCCCAACUGGUGCCUGAGUCGGUUCCUCUAAGUUAUACGACUGCUUUUGAAUGCUUAGAUUUUAGGCCAGAUGCCUCUGCAGUUUGGAAGAUGCAUACGCAGUCUUCUGCUGACGCUAUUGGAAAAUGGAACAUGGUUGCUCGUCUGAAGUGUAAUUUUACUGAUAUGAGAGGAAUCACCAAGGAAGACACAUCAUCAAUUUGA